AAAAUUGAUAUAUGUGUUUUUGUAAAGUUAGAUAUUUAAUUUACUCUUAAGAUUUUGAUCAUUGGUAAAACUCUCCUUGCACAAUCAAUGUUAAACAUUUGAAGUUGAGUUGGCCAUAUAUUAUCUAUAAACAGGCACCAUAUUACUCAUCCAUUCACUAAUCCACACUCACUAACACACUUGAAUUGCAUUUCCUCUUCCAAAAUUUCCAAAUCAUGGCUAGUUCAAUGCUUGUCAAAGUUACUUGCUUGGCUAUGAUAUGCUUGGUUUUGGGCAUUCCACUAGCCAGUGCUGCCCCUUCAUGUCCUGCAGUGCAACAAACUUUAACAACAUGCCUUCUGUACGCGACAAACCCACAUGGACCUCCCCCUGAACCAUGUUGCAAUGGGAUUAAGACUUUACAUGGCCAAUCCCAAACUCCCCUAGAUCGUCGAGAUGUUUGCGGUUGCCUCAAAUCCAUGAUGACCAAUCUCAAACUCAAUCUUCCUGCCGUUGCUACCCUCCCUAAAGAGUGUGGUGUUGACUUGGGCUAUGUGAUUAGCCCUGACAUGGACUGCAGCAAGGUAAACUAGAAUUGAGCAGCUUGCUGGCCUUGCGCUUGACGAAUAACCAAAGACGGAAAUAAUAAAGGAGAUGAUAAUGGCUUAAGUUCUCUGUUGUAACAGAAUAUCACCAAUAGGGAUCACUAUACUAUGUAUUUCCAUGAUAAUUAAAAUAAAAUCUGAAAUAUUUCUUUUCAAAA